AUGGAUCGUGUUGAAGGGGGGUCUUCCAAACGCCGUCGAUUGAACGAGGCAGAAGGCGCACUACCGGAUUCGAGCCAGUCUUCAGUUAACCAAACUCGUCUGUCCUUGGCAUCACUCCAUCGAGUUAUAAGUCCGCCACGCCAAAGUAGAGGUCAAGGAAAGCGUCAGGAAUCACGAGAGCCAGGUAGCCAGACAGAUAAACGGCAAAUACCACUCGAUCAGGAUCACCUUCAAGCAUCUCCCAUCCACCUCACCAAAAUCCGUGAUCUACCUGACCAGAAGAACAUCAACGCCGUCUCACUCAAAGACAUUAUCUGCGACCCACUCAUCAAAGAGUGCUGGACAUUUAACUACCUCACCGACAUCAAAUUUGUCGUAUCCAACCUCGAUCCUGAUGUCCGAGGUUCUCUCGCCCUCAAGAUCAUUCAUGGCUUCUGGAAGCGGGACGAUGAGCGUCGACAGCGGCUUACGGAGGAAGCUUCACGAUUCUCCAAUGUCCAACUUAUCACUGCGCAUAUGCCGGAGCCGUUCGGUACUCAUCAUACGAAGAUGAUCGUCCUUCUCCGCCACGAUGACUGUGCUCAAGUUGUUAUACAUACCGCGAACAUGAUACCAUUUGAUUGGACUAAUAUGACCCAAGCGGUCUGGCGCUCUCCACUACUCCCUCGUCAUUCAAACUCCGCCAGUCAAUCGCCACAAUCAGCGACCAUAGGAAGUGGUGAUCGCUUCAAAAUCGAUCUUAUUCGUUAUCUAAAAGCAUAUAGCGGCCGACUCAAUUCUCUCAUCCAACAACUUGAGAACUAUGAUUUCUCAGCGAUCCGAGCCGCCUUCAUUGGCAGCGUACCAUGUCGUGAGAAGGUGACAGAAGCCAACCCAAGCCAAUUCACCUCGUUUGGAUGGCCUGGCAUCAGAGAAAUACUAAGCACGAUCCCCCACCAUUUCUCUAACUCUGGCCUUCCAAACAUUGUCAUCCAAAUGUCAUCUGUCGCGACUCUCUACGAAAAGUGGUUGGAAAACUUCUUCAGUGCCCUCAAGACCAGUGCCGGCCCAAAACUGUCGAACCCAACCGUUCACAUCGUCUUCCCUACUCCCGAUGAGAUUAGGCGCUCCUUGGACGGCUACCGCGCCGGUACUUCGAUCCACAUGAAGCUGGCCUCUGUCGCCCAAAAGAAACAGCUUGAGAUGGUGAGGCCCAUGCUCUGUUAUUGGGCGGGUGAUGGUGAAGGCCUAAGGCCGGACUCUUCCAAUAGCCUAGUGAAUCAGCCAAGUUCAAGGAAGUCUUGCGAACCAGCCGUCGAAACGGACUCGGAGGCUGUCUCGGAGGCUGACUCGGAGCCAGAAAGCAAUCUGCCUUCUAAAGUGAGGGAAGCGCAUCGUCGCCGAGCUGCGCCGCAUAUCAAGACAUAUAUCCGGUUUAGCGAUGCUGUUCAGACAACUAUCGACUGGGCGAUGAUCACCAGCGCGAAUAUGUCGACUCAGGCGUGGGGUGCGGGUGAGAAUAAGGGAGGGGAAGUGCGCAUCUGCAGCUACGAAGCGGGGGUGGUCGUUUGGCCCGGUCUAUUUAGUGAGAAAUUCGGCACAGCGCAAAACGAGGAAGGGGAAACAGCAUCGCCAAAUCCAGUGAUGGUUCCGGUCUUCGGUCAUGAUAUGCCUAGUAACACCGAAGUGCCAGGCAAUAUCGAGAAGGGUGCAAGGGUCGUCGGCUUCCGGAUGCCGUAUGACUUGCCUCUGGUGCCGUAUCGGAAAGGCGAACGGCCAUGGUGCCCUACGGAGUCUCACAUGGAGCCAGACUGGAUGGGACAGCGGUAUCAGAUUGCGGGAACGGGCUGACCUCACUUCUUUCAGCAACAGUGUUCCGAUAUUUCGGUGGCUUAUGUACUUGCUAUGAAUAAUGACAUAUUACAUCCGCACGCAACAGUAUGUACGGUGUUACACCAUCCGGUAUUCCAUACUAGUUCGUAGCAGAUGUCUCACUCUAUCAUGAUUGGACACCGUACUUCGCCUUGAACCCCUCGACGAUCUCGACGUACUUCUUCUGGGCGUCCUCGGCGGAGAUUCCCGUGUCAACCAAAGCUUGCCAC